UCAGAUUCCAAGAUCGUGCCUGCGUUUGUUUACAGCGGCGGCCAGAACUGCUUUUGGUGGUCUUCAUUUGUGAGGUUUCGUUUGUUGGCCAGGUGAAGGCAUUUACAAAUGGUCGCUCUUGGGAGAUUCUAUCCUUCCAGAUUUACAUGCAUAUGGGGGACAGCAAGUACAGCUCAUUUUGCUACAAGUUCAUUUCAUCCGAAGAAGAAGCUUUCUCUAUUAUUCUCAGAAACCUCAGACGUUAAACAAGUAAUUGCUAAUUUGUUGAAGAAAUCUCUGCGAGGUAGUAAUCUCACCUCGGAAUUCACCUCGUCACAAGUAUGUAGCGAAUUAUCUACUCCUAUUUUUGAUAUCAGAAGAACAGAAGCAGGGUUUAAUAACACACCUCACACUUACUGCACAAUUAUUUCAAUUUUAGUCAGCGCCGAAAGAUAUGAAUGCGCACAGGAGGCGUUGAAAACUAUUGCCCUACAACAACCACCUGGUAAUAUAUUACAAACUCUAGCUGAAACAUGCAAAAAACGUAGUUUUAGAACUCUAAGAAUUGCUUUCAACAUGCUUUUCAGAUUGUAUGCGGAUGGUGGCAUGAUUGAUGAAGUCAAUGGAACUUUUGGCUACAUGAAAGUUCAGAGUUUGAGACCCGAUGUCCGAUCGUGCAACAAAUUUCUUGUUGCCUUGUGCAAGGUCAAUAAGGCAGAAACUGCUUUGACGUUUUUUAAUGAAAUCCUAGAAAUUGGGGUUGUUCCAAGCGCCCAUUCUUUUAGUAUUAUAUCCGAUGCUCUUUGCAAAGAAGGAAAAGUGGAAGAGGCUAGAGUGUUUCUUAGCAAAAUGAGAGAGAGAGAAUUUAGACCUGAUGCUUAUUCCUAUAAUUCAUUGCUGAAAUGGCAUAUAAGUAGAAGGGAUACUAGUGGAGCUCUUAGGGUUUUUAAAGAUUUUGCUAGCGACGGGAUUGCACCCAAUGUGGCAAGUUACACGCUCUUGAUUAAGGCAUUGUGCAAUUCGAGAAAGUUGGGGGAUGCGGAGAAGGCUUUUAAAGAUAUGCUUGAAAAGGGUAUUAUGCCCGAUGUUGUAAUAUAUACUUCGCUUAUACGUGGUUAUUGUACAGCAGGCAAUAUGAAGCAAGCAUUCAAGCUGCAUGAUGAGAUGACUUCAAAGGGUAUUUUGCCGAAUUUGUACACUUACGGUGAUAUUAUUGAUGGGCUGUGCAAGCUAGGGCAGAUGGAGGCUGCUGAAAUGGUUUUGUCUGAAAUGAAGAGCAAGGGAAUGGAUCCAAGUCAGGUUAUCUACAACAUUUUGAUUUAUGGGUAUUCCAAGAAAGGCAUGCUAGAUCGAGUUUUCCAGCUGCAAGAAGCAAUGGUUAGGGACAAGUUUGUUCCUGAUGUUUUUACUUAUAAUUCCAUUGUUAGUGGUCUGUGCAGAGUUAAAAAGACCGAGGAGGCGAGAACAUGGUUUGAUUUGAUGGUAAAGAAAGGUUUGUCUCCCAAUACAGUGAACUUCACAACGUUAAUUGACAUAUAUUGCAAGGAAGGAGACAUGGAAGAAGCAAUUAAGAUAUUUUCUAAAAUGCUUCAGAAUGGUUCAGAACCCAAUGGUAUAACCUACAAUGUGCUUAUUGAAGGAUAUUGCAAGAAGGGCUGUAUGGAGAAGGGUCUCGAGCUCAAGGAUGAGAUGAUAGGAAAAGGUUUUGUCCCAGAUGUUUUUACUUACACUUCUCUCAUCCAUGGAUUUACAACUACUGACAAGAUACAUGAAGCAAGAAGGCUAUUUGCUGAUAUGCAAGAGAGGGGUGUGGUUCCUAACGAUAUUACUUAUACAGCAAUGAUUUGGGGGCUCUGUAAGCACGUUAGAGUAGAGGAAGCCUUUAAGUUGUAUGAUGAGAUGAUCACGAAAGGUUUUGAUCCCGAUGAUCGAAUAUAUAAUUUACUCGUCAGUGGCCACCCCAAGUUUAAAGGCUCAAAUUAGGCUUGUUUUCUGGUGAAGAUAAACUGCAAAUCAUUCAGAUUUUUGAAAAAUGUCCUUGUUAAUUACAAAGGAACUGAAGAUAUCUGUAAGACGGGCUAAAUGGUGUGUUGACAUUUAAUUUGAUUGCUAACACCUCUUGAAGUUAUACUUUCAGGUGCCGCUAUU